AUGUCCCUACUGAGAGGUAUUAUACUAAGUUUGCUGGUAUCCGGUCAGUUUUACUUGGGAUUGGCCCAAAAUGCAGAAACCCCAGUGCAGUGUAAUGGCAUCGAGAACUGCACACCAGCUGCUCCUAAAUCCUCAUUCUGCUAUAAUGUCGGCUUUGAAGGAGGCUACAAGUGCAUAUUGAAGAACUUCCACAUCGGUGAAUCACAGCACGUAACAACAGAGUUCUUCGCUGAUCACGAAGGACCGGGGGAGGUGGUGACUUUACAAAUCGAGAACUCAACGAUCUACAGAAUACCCAAGGUGUUGUUUUCGGUCUAUCCGAAAUUAACACGCCUGAACCUGACUGCUCUGCAAAUACGAGCCUUCGAACGUGGUGCCUUUGAGCGUGGUAAGGAAUUGCGAGAACUACAGUUGGACUACAACAACAUAACUCACCUCGAGUCGGACGCCUUCGAAGGUUUGCGAUGGUUAGAUUUGCUAACGAUCGAAGAUAACGCCCUUUCUCACCUUCCUGUGGACGUGUUUGCUUCCAACACCCGCCUUAUGAUUGUUUCCAUGUCAAAAAACAAUCUUAGCCGCAUAGAAGACAAUACCUUCAGGAACAAUCGAGUACUGAGGGUAGUUCAUGUGUCCAAGAAUCGUAUCGAACAUUUUGACCUGAGCCAACUGCUAGAGGCGUUUGAGAUCGAUGUAAGCUACAACAGACUAGCGGAACUGAAGGUUCCACCAAGAUUGAACUCGCUCGAGGCCUCACACAAUCGCAUCAAUGCGGUCUUAUCAAAUGGACAAAACAGAUUACUGAGAAAAAUGAAUCUUUCCCAUAACAAGCUAACCGAUAUCUCCUGGGCAUCAAUGUUCGCGGCAUUGAAUGAGCUCGACCUUGGGUACAACGAAAUUGAACAGAUCAAGCAAGAUCAAUUCACAGCCCAAUUGCGCCUGUAUCGGCUGUUGCUGAACAACAACCGCUUGAUCACCUUCGAGCCAGCUACACUGUUUCUGAGCCCUCUAAGAGUCCUGGAUUUAUCGUAUAAUCGACUCACGUCGGUGGACCGCAGCAAUCUACUAUUCGAUAGGCUGUACGUGCUCCAUCUGCACAACAACGCCAUCGUAAAGCUGCAGUUAACGCGAAACAAUAAUUUACAGAACAUUACACUGGCCGGUAACGAGUGGGAUUGUGCGAAAUUGCGAAGACAACUGCGGAUUAUAGAUUCAAAUGCGAUCUUUGGUGGAGACGAGUCCUGCAAGGCGGGGUACAAUUUGGUGCAACAGUUGUGCUGCAAGAAGAGCGGUACUUCUCAAUAA